UAUUUCAGAAGUGCAGACUGGGGAAACAAGGAUGGGGUGAAAUGUUUCAAUGAGACAAGGCCAGUGAGGAUGAAGAAGUACUGGGGAAGUGGUUCCAACAAGCAAAUAAUGAGUGUAGUGGCCAAAGUGGUGAAGAAGAUGAAAGUUCCAGUGAAUGUGAUCAACAUAACACAGAUCUCAGAGUACAGGAUUGAUGGUCACUCCUCAGUCUACACGGAGACAGGAGGCAAAUUGCUUACUGAUGAGGAAAAACAAGACCCACGAAACGCAGAUUGCAUACAUUGGUGUUUGCCUGGAGUUCCAGAUACAUGGAAUCAGAUAUUUUUGGCCAUGUUAUAGCAAAAUUAUAAAUAUCGACAUGGGGAAAUUGUCAAUGUGAUUUUUGUUUUAUUUUCCUGAGGCAUGAAGAUGUCAAAGUCUAUGAAGUUAUAUGUUCAUAUAUCAUACAUUCAUCUUUCUUGGGGCAUUUGUUUGAUGUAAAUUUGCACAUGCUUCAGAAAAAAAUCUGCAAGCAUUUUAGGUGUAACAGAUUUUCAAAUCUAAAACGAAUAAUUAUCAGUAUCAAUCAAUUACCUUUA